ACACUGAUAAAGAGCAGCAGGUGUCAUGGACAACCGGCUUCUCCUGUGCGCGUUUAACAACUAUAUACAUAUAUUCAUUAUCGUCCACCGGGAGGUGUGCUUGAGUUAACCGGGGAAUGGAGCGACUGGACGAAUGGCGCUUCAAGCCCAAGAACAUGGAGCUGGAGGAGGAUUUCUACUAUGACUACGGAGCGGAGGAAAUGACCGACGACCGGGACCCCGGUGAACUCGCCGCGGCUCUGGAACAAAAGGAGGAAGAGGUGCUGCUGGCGGCGCAGCUGGGGAACGCGUUGCUCCUGGAGAACCGGCAGCUGAAGGAGCGCAGCGACCAGCUGCACGACGAGUACGCAGACAGGCUGGAGGAGCUGGAGCAGGGCAGGCAUGCGCUGCGGCUGAAGCUGGAGGGCAGCCAGGCCCAGUGGGAGGGCCAGGUGUUGGACCUGGAGAGGGACGCGAGGGAGCUGAGCGCCCAGGUGGAGCGGCUCACCGCGGCCCUCGGCGAGGCCGAGAGGGGCCAGAGCCGAGCCCGGCUGGAGGACGGAGAGCUCACGCAGCGGCUCCGGGAGCAGCUCGACACGGCGAUGGAGGUGGAGAGAGCCAUGUCCGGUGAGCUGCAGGCGCUGAAACGGGAGCUCCGACAGAAGGGAAGCCACAACAGGCCGCAGGACGAGGAGCUGAUUAGUGCCAUGAGGGAGCAGGUGCUGCGUCUCACGCAGAAGGAGCAGGUGAUCGAGGAGCGUUUGGAGAGUGUGUGUCUGGAAAACACGGAGCUGAGGGCCAGUUUGGCCUCUUUACACACACGCCUGGCUCUGCACGACCAACUGGUCCAGCGGCACAGCCAACAGCUGGCCGGCGCGCUGCAGGAGGCGGAGGUGGCGCGGGGGCGCUGCCAGCAGCUGCAGGCCCAGGUGGAGGAGCUCCAGGAGGAGGCGUCCCUGCAGGAGGGCAGGAGCCGCGGAGACGCCUCCCUGCUGUCGGAGCUGGAGAGCAGCCUGGAGACGGCGGGGCUCGGGGUCGACAGAGAAGAGAUUACACACGAGAUGGGCUCCAUCCUUCAGUUACUGCUCCCGCUGACCCAGAAACCGAACGGCUCGGGGAGGUCGGAGGUCGUCGCGGAUCAACGGGAAGACCUGCAGGCGAUGCUGAGUCAGCUGAAGGGAGCGGCCCGAAGCCUGGCGCUGACGUCCAGCCCUCAGGAGCUGAAUCAAGCUUUUGUUGGCGGGCCGGCCGAUCAGUGUGGGAAUCCGAGCGCGGCCCAGGAGCUGAGAGAUCAGAACGUCCAGCUGCAGCAGGAAAACACGGCGCUGAAACAGAAGCUGCAGGACGUGCAGGAACAGGAAGUCCAACGGGCCAUCAGAGUCCGAGAUGAAGCCAUAGCCAAGAAAAACCUGAUGGAGGUUGAGUUGUUGAAGAGUAAAAAUGACAUGAUGUCGCUCAACAACCUGUUAUUAGAAGCCAUCCAGCGUAAACUGGAGCUGUCGCAGGAACUGGAGGACUGGCAGGACGACAUCCAGAUCAUCAUCAACCAGCAGCUCAGGUCCCAGCAGCAGCAGACGGAGCAUCGUCCUCAGAGGAAGUCCCCCUCCAACGGCAUGUCCUUCUUCCGCAAGCCCAGCAGGACGGCCUCCACCUGGACACGCCAGGCCUCCUCCGCCUCCACCAUCUCCAUCAGCUCCACCAACUGGAGUUCAGACGCCAAUCAGGGCAAAACUCAAUCCCCCUGGAGGGACUGGUUACGACGGGGGAAAGGGGCAAACAAUGGACAGUGAGUGCGAUACCCACCUCCCUGAGUCAAGGAUGUACCAGAAGGAUGGGGUCAGAGGUCACGAGUGCAGCUUCCAGGACAUCAUGUGUGGUGAAAAGAAGCCAUAAAGACACAAGUGAAGAACCACGGAGCCGCUGCGGACAAAGACUUGGCAAAAUUGUCACUUAUUAACUGAGAGACUGAGCCUUCCUAGAAUAUGAACACAUUUUUUUUUCUCCAGAAAAUUUCAUGAGACUGUUUGAUUGAGACGAUAAAUACUGUGCCUUAUUUUGUAGAUCUGUGGAUGUCUUUCAUGUCUGAGACUUUAUGUGGUAGGUGCAGUUCAAUGAAGAGUAUUUUGUUCAGAUUAUUUCAUGAUCAAAGAGUGAGAGAGAGAAGUACCGCAAGAUUACACAAUACACUUGUAAUUAUGAUGAAUUGUGACUUUGCAUACCAAGUUUGAUGUGAGAAGUUUCAUGUUUUACUGUCAGCUUUGCUUAAAAGCUAAAUAUGUCUAUAAGAAACCCUGUAUGUCUUUGAAAUGGGCGUUUUUUUUGUUUUUUGGACAAUUAUUUUUGUUUCAGUUAACUGAUGACUUGGUAUGGUAUGGAUGUGUGUAUAGCAGACACGUGUAUGUAUUGUGACUCAGUGUUCAAUAUUAAAGCUGCUCAGUACAAGCUGGGUUGUUCCCUAAACUGUC